AUGGCAUCAACAAUUGGUCAUUUGUUUCAAGAUCAGAAUCUCAUUGUUCCCUCUCAUGGAUCUUCUCUUGGGGCGAAAGGUGAUACCUUCAGAAAACAAAGGAAAGGGGGGCUUGGUGCAAGGAAACCACUUGGUGAUCUAUCGAAUUCGGGGAAGCCUGCUCUCACCCAGGCGUCAAAAAAGCAGCUUUCCAAGGAAAUGGUUCAUGAUGCAAACAAUAAGAAAGCCUUUUCUAAGGCCUCAGAUAAGGUUCAGACCCGUAGCAGGAAGGCUCUAUCUGACAUUUCAAACUCACAGGCACCACAUGUGCAGAAGAAGCACAACAUGAAGUUGAGUGUUGUGGCGGAGGAGGCUAUUUGUCCUGGUGCUAUUGCAGAGGAACGAUUUCUGCACAAUCAUGAAGAAUGCAUUAAAGCACAAACCCAGGCUAUGGACAUGGAUCAUUUUCUGAUGACACUUGGACUACAUAAGGAUUCUUGCACGAAUCUUGCAUCUCCCUGGGCAGCACCUGCAUCGUCAAGUAAAUUUGAGCCGGAGUCUCCCCCGAGGUAUUUGGAUUUGGAAGAGAUGAAUGAUCUUGAACCAUCCUGGCUGUCUGAAAAGCUUGACUCACCUCCCUUCUCUCCAAAAUCACCAAGUUUCCACACUGUUUCCUCUCUGUUUUCGGAGGACUGUGACUUCCAGUUGAUGUAA